UUGAAAUUGGAAAAAGAUUCAUCUUGUUCUUGCCGUUUUAUUUUUCUCCGGGAAAAGAUUAUUACAGUUACAGGUCGAGAUUGGAGAUGGGAGAAGAAUCGAUUCAGCAGAAGGAUUCUUCUUUUGUUCAUCACCAGACAGCUAUUUAUGGUUAUGCAAAUUCUUCAGCUCACGACCAGUCUGCUGACAUUGAAGUUGCUGCAAGAAAUGCUGCUCUCCGCGAACAAGAGAUUGAAACCCAGAAGAUCAUACAAGGUCAAAGAGAUUCUGGGGCUUCUGUGGGAGGAGAAUUUAAGGAUAAUACUGACAUUCUUUCACACCGUGCUGACCCAAAUGCUCUAAAGGAACAUUUGCUUAAAUUCACUGCAGACCAUCGAGCAGAAAUAGCAGCAAAACGUGGGAAACCCGCUACAUCUGGGGAAGGUAACAUAGAUGUUGGAAAUGGUUAUGGUAUACCGGGGGGUGGUGCUUAUGCAGCUUUGCAGCCCGAACUUGGCGGGAAUUCUGACAUGAAGUCUUCCACCAAAGAAUUGCCUGAGUAUCUCAAGCAGAAAUUAAGGGCCAGGGGUAUUCUCAAAGAUGAUCCAGAAGUAGCUGUUCCGUCGUCAAAUGCACAAAAUAAUUUGGAGACCAGUUGGAAUAGACAGACAAGUUUGCCUUCUUCUGCAAAUUCGGGUGUUUUGCCUCCCGGAUGGGUAGAAGCGAAAGACCCUACAAGCGGUACACUGUAUUACUAUAACCAACAAACUGGAACAAGCCAGUGGGCAAGGCCUGUUGAAGCAUCUUCCACGACUUUAAGUGCAUCAUCAUCUUUGCCUCCUGCAGAAUGGAUUGUAUCCCUCGAUGAAACCAGCGGCCAUAAGUAUUACUACAAUACAAAGACACAUAUGUCGCAGUGGGAGACCCCAGAUUGCUUAAGGAAAGCUUCUUCUUUAAACUCUAGCAAUAUGGUCCCGACAAAUGCCGCUAAUGGACAGAACGAGCAUCCUUCAUUACAGCUUCCGAGAUGCAGUGGAUGCGGUGGCUGGGGAGUGGGCCUUGUUCAGAGCUGGGGAUAUUGUGCCCACUGUACUAGAGUUUUUAACCUUCCACAGCAGCAGUACUUGCCGACAAAUGCAGGAGAUUCUGGUAGAAAGGAGCUGAAUCAGAGCAACAAGAGUGGUUCGAAACCUCCUAUGAAAAAGGGAUUUAAAAAAGAUGGCGGAAGAAAGCGUGCUUAUACUGAGGACGAUGAGUUGGAUCCAAUGGACCCGAGCUCUUAUUCGGAUGCUCCUCGAGGCGGCUGGGUCGUAGGGCUGAAAGGAGUUCAACCACGUGCAGCCGACACCACUGCCACUGGUCCUCUGUUUCAACAGCGGCCAUACCCAUCUCCUGGAGCUGUGUUAAGAAAGAACGCCGAGGUAGCGUCUUCACACACGAGGAAAUCAUCGUCGUCUUCUCGUUUCACUCCUAUUACUAAGCGAGGUGACGGAAGCGACGGUCUCGGGGAUGCGGAUUGAGUUUUUUUACUCGUUCUCGUCCCGCCGUUUUUUUUUUUUCUGUACAAGCAGUCGUAAAGUAGGUGGGAUACCAAAAAAAACUCAGGAACAGGUGUUUAUGAAAAAAGGUAAAGAAAUGGAGCUAAGAGACAAUAUUUCAUGUAAAUGUUACUGCAGCUCUCUUCCCUGUGUUCCCGAAGGCCA